GUCAGCAGACCUACCGCAACGGAUCCCGUCCAAUCAAUUAUAUUUUCCAAACAUUGUACGAACUGACAUUUGCGUGAUUUGAUUUUUGUUCAGCCUCCCUAUAAUGGCAGGAGAAGUUAUCGUUGAUGCCUUGCCGUAUAUCGACCAAGGAUACGACGAGCCCGGAGUUAGAGAGGCGGCUUUGGCGAUGGUAGAGGAGGAAACGCGACGUUACAGGCCUACUAAAAAUUAUUUGGAGCAUCUGCCACCUCUAAAUAUAAAUGCUUUUGAGACUGCUGUCAUAAAACAUGAAUUUGAAAGGCUCCAAAAUCGGCUUCCGAUGGAAGUUUUGAGCAUGAAACGUUAUGAACUACCACCACCUCCACCUGGUAAAAUGAACGAUAUUGCUGCUUGGAAUGAAAGUGUUGAAAACAGCAUGGCACAACUCGAACAUCAGGCUACUAGAAUUUGCAAUUUGGAGCUGAUGAUGGAGUACGGAUGUGAGGCUUGGAAGUGCUACCUAGAAGUAUUGAUGCAGUUAGUUUCACAAGCACAAAAGCAGCUUCAGGGGUUGAGGAAAACUAUCCAAGAAGUGAACUGGCAGAGAAAAUCAAUGCAGACUCAGGGUGGUGAGAAGUUAAGGGCCUUAGAAGCUCAAUGGGUUGGAUUAGUGUCCAAAAAUUAUGAAAUUGAACAAGCUUGCGUUCACCUGGAGGAGGAGAUACACAGGUGUCAAUAUUUGAAAAGCAAGAGCGAGGAGGCCGGCGAUGUCCCCCAAGAAGAACAGGAGCCUGCUGUUCCAGAGAAAAACGCCACUGAAACCAUGGCCAUGGAAAUUGGAUCCGAAGAACCUCAACCGGUGUGACAAAUAAUCUGAUGAAUUUUUGAAUGUAAUUAAUUCAUGUCGUGAGACAAACCACUAACUGCUAUGAUGGUUUGAUGUGGCGCGACCCUCGAUCUACGAAUUCUCAAAUUCCGGUGACAAUAUUUGGAAUGAAGUGUGAAGGUGGAUCAGUGAAUGAUGGUUUAAUUCUCAAUGGAUCUACUGUAAUAAAUUUUCCAAUAUACUGACAAUGAAUGCAA